AUGUUAGUCGUUUCACCGGUGGUUUCUUCAUCUUCUCCUUCACCAGAACAAAAGCCCAAUGAAUUAUUUCCAAAAUGUAUACGAACAAGACAAGUUACUUAUCCAUUUUCCAAUGUGACAUCAUCUCAAUCAACACUCGAUUAUCAUGAAUUAAGACGUUUACAAGAAAUUUCAAAUGAUUCUGAUGAUAGAGAAGAAGCACAUCAUAUGUUUAUGAAACAAUAUGUAUCAGUAUUAAAACCUGAACCGAAGAGAUUUUGGACAGCUCGAAGUAAAACCAGUCGAACAGAAAUGAAUGAAGUAUCACCAAGUUCGAUGGGAAUUCAAUCAUCUUCAUUAUCUUCAUCACAAAUGUCAACACGACGAUCUCGAAAAGAGAUAACACCAUUUCAACGAGAUAUACAAAUACUUCGUCGACUUUUAAGAAAAUUACAUAUUCAACGAACAAAUACUGAACAUGAACAAAUUUUUCAAAUAAUGACUCAAUUUCCUCAAUUUUUAGCACUUGAUCAACGAUCUAAUUUACUUAGACAAGCUAUUGAAAUAGCUCAUUUGGAAAUAUGCGAAGACAAGCGACAACCAGUAAUACCUUCCAAUGGUUUCUUUUUGAUUUUGAAAGGUGGUGUUACUUCACCACCAAUUACUUCUCAAUUUCCACCACUAGCAUCACAAAUACCAAUGGGAACACUUACAGUGGGACAAUGUUUCGGCUCAUUAAAACCAUCACCAGAAGGCCAAUUAAAAUCUCCAUGGUAUAUAACAAUGGAAGAAAAUUGUGAGUUUCUUAAAAUUGAUAAAGAUGAAUUUGCAACAAUUAAAACAAAAUUUGAACAAACUGAAUAUCAAGAAAAAUAUUUAUUAAUACGUUCAUGUGGAGAAUAUAAAAUGUGGACAAAACAACCAACAGAUGAACUUGUUCGAUUAAUUGAAUGGAUAGAUUAUCCACAGAAUACAAUUUUAGCUAGUGAAGGUUUUCGUUGUCCAUUUAUUGCUUAUAUGAAAACAGGUGAAUGUCAUAUUUUACGAAAAGUUGAUGUAGUCAAAACAGCACACAAUGGUACUAAAAGACGACAAUUACGUCAAGUUGUAAUGGGAAAAGUAACUGCACCGGAUUCCUUUGGUGAAAUAAGUGUCUUAUUGCAAGAAGCAAUGACUUGUACUAUAGUAACUGCUACACAAUGUAGAUUAGGAAUUGUUCGUCCGGCAAAGACUUUAGAACUACCUGAAGUAACACGUAAAUUAUUAUUACAUACAGCUCAACGUACUUUUGCUGAUUUAUCACAAGAUGAUAUUCGACGUGAAUAUAUUAAUCAAGAAACACGAAAAGAAUGGACAGAUUUUAAAAAAGAUAUUUUAAAUGAUGUUAUUUUUAAGAAAAAUAUUCGUUCUGGUCAUGGUAAAUGGCAACAUUCACUGUCAACAUCAACUGCAGAACGUCUGUCAAAAUCUUCAAUGCAUUAA